UUUACGCAGAGAGAAUACUGAAAUAAACUGAAAAUGAACACUCGAGAAGCUGAGGAUCAACACACAUCACAAUCAACUGAACCAGCCGAUCAAUCAUCCUCCUCAUCGCAAGGAUUGGAAAUGGCGGCCGCUUCCGCCACAGACGGCGUCGCUGCGGCGGCUCUGCGCUCCGUGCUCCAGCGUGUUAAACAGGCAGCCGAGCGAUCCGGCCGCGUGCCGGACCGGAUCCGACUUGUGGCUGUGAGUAAGACUAAGCCAGUCCCCAUCCUCCGCCAGGUCUACGACGCCGGCCACCGCUGCUUCGGUGAGAAUUACGUGCAGGAGCUCAUCGAGAAAGCACCGCAGUUGCCAGAAGACAUCCAAUGGCAUUUUAUUGGGAAUUUGCAGAGCAAUAAAGUAAAGCCACUUCUAACUGCUGUACCAAAUCUUGCUAUGGUGGAGACUGUAGAUGAUGAAAAGAUUGCAAAUAAUCUUAACCGCGUCGUUGGAAAUAUUGGAAGAAAGCCCCUAAAAGUAUUUAUCCAAGUAAAUACCAGUGGCGAAGAAUCAAAAUUUGGUGUUGAACCUGCUGGCUGUUUGGACCUUGCCAAACAUGUUACUAGAAACUGCCCUAAUCUUGAAUUUUGUGGCCUGAUGACAAUAGGAAUGCCAGACUACACAUCUACACCUGAGAAUUUCAAGACAUUAGCAAAUUGCAGAAGUGAUGUUUGUAAGGCUCUUGGGAUAGCAGAAGAACAAACAGAGUUAUCAAUGGGCAUGUCAGGUGACUUUGAGCUUGCGAUUGAGAUGGGCAGUACAAAUGUAAGAGUUGGGUCUACCAUAUUCGGAGCAAGGGAGUAUCCAAAGAAACAGACAGCCUAGAAUGUGCUGUUCUGUGUUUAGAGAAUUAAUGAUCGCAUUAAUUACAGGGUGAAAACCAUGGUUAUGAAGCUGCACUUGAUGUCUGCCAUGUUGAGCUAGAAUUUUUGGUUAUCCAUUCUUAAACUUAGGGUGUUAAACCUUUGUAUCAUCAUAUUUGUCAGGGGCUGCGCUCUGUUAUUAUUUAUUACUACUAUAAAACAUUUAGAAUUCUACUCUAAAGCAAGCAUCAUUUGUAAUGACUUCAUAUUUUGUGCAAUAAAUAUCAUCCUUGAGAGAAA